UAUUCAGCCAUAUUUUGCAAAAAACAGAGACUGAAGAAAACACAGAGACACAGAAGAGAAAGCUUUAACCGUAACUUCAAACCGGAAGCGACAACAAGGGACGAAGAAGAGUGAACGAGGGAAAUUAGGGUUUUCUGACGAGUUUGCCCCUUCUGCAGCAACCGCAACUGCAGCACUCGUUCUUCUUCCAACAUGGCGACGCCGUCGCAUGCUCAAGCUGUAAAGUCUCUCAACAAAUCCCCUGGUGGCCGCCGUUUUGUCUUUAAGACAUUCUCUGAGAGACUAGACGAUGUUGAUAUCAAUGUGUAUAGAAGUCUUGAACAAGUCGCAGAGCUGCCAUCUGAAGGUUCCACUUUUUUCAAAGACUGCCUUGUAGAAUGGAGGGAAUUGAAUACGGCAGAAGAUUUCAUCUCAUUGUAUGAAGAAGUUAUUCCUUAUACGCAAACAUUGCCCCUGGUGCUGUUGCACAAGGAGUCUUUGAUCUCAAAGCUUCUUUCUAGGUUGCAUAUAAAAGCAAGGCUAUCCCUUGAACCAGUUCUCAGGUUAAUCACGGCUUUAUCUAGAGAUCUCGUAGAUGAAUUUGUUCCGUUAUUUCCAAGGAUUGUUGAUUCUUUAGCAUCUCUUCUAGAAAGUGGUGCUGAUAGGGAGCCAGAUAUAAUUGAGCAGAUCUUCACGUCAUGGUCAUAUAUUAUGAUGUAUCUUCAGAAAUAUCUAAUACUCAACACAUCAGAAGUGCUUAAGGUCACAUCAAAAUUGAGGUAUUAUCCAAAAGAAUAUGUUCAACAAUUCAUGGCAGAGGCAAUGUCAUUUGUCUUGAGAAAUGCCCCAGAUGAGCAGCUCAAAAGAGGAAUUAGAAGAGUCAUUGCCGAGGUAGUGAAGAAGCCAUCUCCAUGCCGAUGUUUUGGUGUUGAAUUAUUGCUUUAUAAUAUUAUGAAAGGUUACUCAUCAAGGUUCCAUUCAAAAGCAGAACGAGUGUUACAAUUGUUGACUAGCGAAACAAUUUAUACUAUUGGUGAUCAAGCUGACCAAGAGUCAACCAUGUUGAUCAUCGUAAAGUCUGUGUUUAAGAAAUUAUGCGAGACAAUGGAACCCAAUGAGCUGAGUUUGGUAUGGAGUUGCUUAUAUAAGGAAGUGCGUGAAUGUGUUAGUACUGGAAACAUCAGGCAUUUAAGACACAUUUUAUUAGUGCUUGUCUCUGCUGUUAAGGUGCAAAAAGGGAAAAAGGUGUCUGAUUAUAAGCCUACGCUUGAACUAGUCUUCCUGCUUAUGCGAUCAUAUAUCACACCUUUGGGAGUUUCUGAGUCACAAGAAGAUAUAUGUUCAGUUGUUGACAUAAUUUUGAAAUUAAUGCUGGCUACUCUCGAUGGGCUCUGUAGUUACAGUCAGUCAAUGAUAUCAGAGUGUGCUACCCAGUGGGCUCCAGUUUUUAAAUUGCGAAGCUCAAGUUUACUACGUUUCAUUGAAAAACUGCUACAGAAGGAUCUCUGUUUACUUGCUUUCAGAAGUAAUGUUAUAAGUGCAAUAAACGAGUUAAUGGAGAUUUCCGAGGAAGAGGUCAUACAGUUAUUGCAAUCCUUCUCUGAGAAAGUUCAAUUAGAUAUACGAAAAUCAGACUUUGUAGACAGAGAAAGUGCAGAAGCUUUAACUAGGAUAUGCCAUCGUUUGCAAGGAACUAUCCGUUCUUGGAUCGAAAAAGUAAAUGAUAUUGCACAUUCGGACGUUUCAUUUGAAGCUGAUGAAAGAAAGGUGGCACUGCUGUGGGGAGUUGUGAAUUGCUAUUCUCACAUGUCUAUCGUUGACGCUGAUCCAUCAUUGUUGGUGCAUCUUGUGGAUGCGGUAGAUCAGCUUCUGACUGUUAAAGCUGACCACAUUGAAGAUACGUAUAAAAAAGCAUGGGAAAGCAUUAUAGGUGCUUCACUAGGUUCUUACAACAGAUUGUGCAAUGACAGUGAUCUCAAAGUUGAUGUAGCAGAAAAGUUUUUAAGUUGUGCAAAACGAUAUAAGUCAUCUUUGCCAGUAUUGUCGGCUGUUGCUGGUUAUUUGGAAUGCAAGUAUGGUUCUUCUUUGGAAGACACUGGGCGUAGAGUGUAUCAUCCAGAACUUAGCGAAAGGACUGCAGAGGCAGUGACAACAUUUUUGGAUAAUUUGUGCCAUUCAGACAAGGAGGUUCGCAUUUCAACUCUUAAAAUACUUUGUCACUACAAGCCAUUGGGUGAGGAAAAUUCUUCGGUGGAUCAGUCAGCUGCAAAGAAAAGGAAAAUUGAAGUUUCUCCAACUUCAAUCUUGGAUAUACCAGGAAAUAAUCCUCUGCUGGUUCUCCUGUCUAUUGAAACAACUGUUGUAUCAAUUUCUACAAGCAGAAGCAUUCAACGAUUGGUUUCCAAGAUUCAGAUGGACUUAUCUGCUGGAAGGAUCACUGACGUUUAUGCACCUCUUUUUUUGAAUGCGCUAUUUGGCAUCUUGAAUAACCGAUUUAGCUACCUCUGGAAUCCUGUAUUAGAAUGCAUUUCUGUCUUGGUUAGCAUACAUUUUUCACUUGUGUGGGAUAUCUUUAUUAAUUAUCUGGAAAGGUGUCAAGCAAUAAGAGAGACCUCUAGCAACAUUCAUGGUAGUGCCAAUGGUGCGUCAGUUGAUCAGCAAACUGGUUUACUUGGUUGUUUCAAAUUAUUUGUCUAUCAUGAAUUUGAUAGCACACCAUCUGUAACAAUAUUGACAUUACUGCUGCAAGCUUUACAAAAAAUUCCAACUGUUAUUGAACCUCGCUCUCGGCAAUUCAUUCCUCUUUUUUUGAAGUUCUUAGGAUACAACACUCUUGAUCUUGCUAGUGUGGGAUUGUUUGAUUCUCAUGCUUGUAAAGGAAAAGAGUGGAAGACCAUCUUGAAAGAAUGGCUCAACUUGUUGAAACUUAUGAAAAAUCCCAAGUCAUUUUACUUCAACCAGUUUCUUAAGGAGGUUCUGCAGAAUAGGCUUAUUGAAGAAGACGACCCUGAAAUACAGUUUAAAGUUCUGGAUUGUCUAUUAUUAUGGAAAGAUGAUUACUUUUUACCAUACACCGAGCAUCUGAGAAACUUGAUUAGUUCCAAAAUUACAAGGGAGGAACUAACAACAUGGAGUUUAUCCAGAGAAUCUAAAAUGAUUGAAGAAUGUCACCGAGCUUAUCUUGUGCCAUUGGUUAUCCGUCUUUUGAUGCCAAAAGUAAGAAAGUUGAAAGGACUUGCAUCAAGAAAGAAAGCAAGCAUUUGUCACCGGAAGGCUAUUCUGAGUUUCAUUGCUGGACUUGAUAUCAUUGAGCUGCCACUUUUCUUUGCAUUACUGAUUAAACCCUUGCAAAUAGUAAAGAAAACUGAUGAGCCUGCUAACUUGUUUUGGACUUUACCUAUUGGUUGCACCAGUGAAUUUCAAGCAUCUUCUUUGUUAGAAUAUUUUACUUCAGAUAAUAUAGCAACCCUAUCCUGGAAAAAGAAAUAUGGCUUCUUGCAUGUCAUUGACGAUAUUGUUGGAGUUUUUGAUGAAUUGCAUAUUAGACCUUUUAUAGAUCUACUGGUGGGGUGUGUUGUUCGGGUGUUGGAGAGUUGCACAUCAGGUCUUGACAAUGUAAAAUUGAAUGGGCUUCCUUCGGAACAACACAAUUCUAGUACCAGCUCAAACUCUCUCGGUGAGGACAGUGUUCCAGCAAAUCAAAUCCUGAUUGGCAAUACUUCAAAGCAGCUCAAGGACAUGAGAUCUCUGUGCCUGAAAAUUGUUUCCCUUGUUGUCAAUAAGUAUGAGGAUCAUGAAUUUGGUUCUGAUUUGUGGGACAGAUUCUUUUCCUCAGUGAAACCACUGGUUGAUAAAUUUAAACAGGAAGCUGCUAGUAGUGAGAAACCAAGUUCACUGCUGUCUUGUUUUCUGGCCAUGAGUGCAAACCAUAAGCUUGUAGCACUAUUGUGCAGGGAGGAAAGUCUCAUACCUGAUAUAUUUUCCAUUGUUUCCGUUAAUUCAGCUUCUGAAGCUAUCGUAUAUUGUGUUCUAAAGUUUGUUGAAAACUUGUUAAGCCUUGACAAUCAGUUGGAUUAUGAAGACAGCUCUGUCCAUAGAGUUUUACUUUCAAAUAUUGAAGUUCUUAUGGACAGCAUUUGGUGUUUAUUUGGGAGUGAUAAUGCAGCCAAGAGAAAGCUGAUCAAAUCUCCUGGGGAGACAGUAAUAAGAAUUUUCAAAUUUUUACCAAAGUACAUCAAGGAGGCAGAGUUGGCAAAUCGAUUUGUGGGCAUACUGCUUCUGUUCUUGGAAAAGAAAACACAAAGUUCUGAUGUCUAUAUUGAAGUUCUGCAAGUCAUUCAAAAUAUCAUACCGAUAUUAGGAAAUGGAAGCACCGCUAAGAUUUUGGGUGCUAUUUCUCCUUUAUAUAUUUCGGCUGAGUUGGAUGGGCGUUUGAGGAUAUGUGAUCUUCUUGAUGUUCUUGUAGUAUCUGAUGCAUCUGUACUCCCAGUGGCUAAACUUCUUCGUCAGCUGAAUACAACAUCUACUUUGGGUUGGCUUGAUCAUGAUGCUAUUUUGAAUGCUUACAAAGUCAUCAAUGCUGAUUUCUUCAGAAAUGUUCAAGUGGAACAUGCAUUACUUAUUUUAUCACACUGUGUGCAUGACAUGUCCUCAGAAGAAACAACUUUUGUCUGUAGUGCACAGAGUUCAUUGCUAUCUUUUGUUGAUUUUUCUGCACUCAUCCUUUGUCAAGAAGGAAACAGUGAACAAGAGUUGUCUGUAAUGCAAAACACUGAUGGUUGUUGGACAAAAUCAUGCAUCCAGCGUAUAACAAAGAAAUUUCUCUUGAAGCAUAUGGUUGAUGCCAUGGAUGGGCCACUUGCUAUUACAAAGGGAUGGAUGAAGUUGUUAAGUCUAAUGGCUUUGAAGCUUCCAGAUGUGUCAAACCUUAAAUCACUUACAGUCUUGUGCAACGAAGAGGGUGAAACAAUUUUUUUUGACGAUAUAGCUGAUUCAGUGAUCCGUAAGAGGGUGAAGGCACUGUCGGUGUUUAGAAAUGUUAUCAGUACGAACAAAUUAUCAGAGUUCAUCACUGAAAAAGUGUUUAUGCGGCUCUUCUUCAACAUGUUGUUUGAUGAGAAAGAGGCCAAGGUUGACCAUUUGAAAAAUGCAUGUAUCGAGACCAUUGCUUCUGUAGCUGGUCAGAUGGGAUGGAAGUCAUACUAUGCACUAUUGAACAAAUGUUUUCAGGGAGCAUCCAAGGGUCUAGACAAGCAAAAACUCUUUAUACGUCUAAUCUGCUCUAUUUUGGAUAAAUUUCACUUUUCAGAACUUUCUCAUGGUGAAGAAUCUAAGGAAUCGUUGAUUGGUGUUUCUGAUAUGGGGUUAACUGACACUGUUUCUUCAGUUAUUUUAGGCAAAGCUGAUGCUUCUGAUGUGAACACAGAUAUACAAACGUGUCUCUAUAAAGUUGUGCUUCCAAAGAUACAAAAGCUGCUAGAUUCUGAUUCGGAAAAAGUCAAUGUAAAUAUCAGUCUGGCUGCAUUGAAACUACUCAAGUUACUUUCAGGUGAUGUGAUGGACACAUAUCUUCCAACUAUUGUUCAUCGAAUUUCGAACUUCUUAAAGAGUCAUCUAGAAAGCAUUCGCGAUGAAGCUAGGUCUGCUUUGGCUACUUGUUUGAAAGAACUUGGACUGGAGUACUUGCAAUUCAUUGUCAAGGUUUUGCGAUCAACUUUAAAGCGAGGAUAUGAACUUCAUGUCCUAGGAUACACACUUAAUAUUAUUUUGUCCAAGAGUCUUUCAAGUCCAGUUAGUGGAAAGAUAGAUUACUGUUUGGGGGAUCUCCUUUCUGUGAUAGAGAAUGACAUUCUCGGAGAUGUUGCUGAACAAAAGGAGGUGGAAAAGAUAGCUUCAAAAAUGAAAGAAACAAGGAGAAAAAAGUCAUUUGAAACUUUGAAAUUGGUGGCCCAAAACGUAACAUUUAAAAGCCAUGCACUAAAGCUGCUUGCACCAGUGACUGCUCAUUUGCAGAAGCAUGUCACACAAAAUGUAAAAGGAAAAUUGGAAAAUAUGUUGCACAGUAUAGCUGCUGGUAUUGAAAGCAAUCCAUCGGUAGAUCAGAGUGAUCUAUUUGUCUUUAUUUAUGGUGUUAUUGAGGGUGGCUUAAAAAAUGAAAUUGGCUGGCAUGAGAUUAAGUUGAUAAAAUCGAAAGAUAAGGAUAGCCGUAGUAAUGCUAAAAGAAUUUUUUCAGGUCGUGGAGUUGCUAGUGGCUUAUUAUGCUCACACCUUAUAACAGUGUUUGGUAUCAGAAUAUUGUUUAAACGUUUGAAGGGUAUGAAACAGGGUGUAAAAGAUGAAUAUACUUUAUCCCUAUUAGAUCCUUUUGUCAAGCUACUAAGUGAUGGUUUAUGCUCUAAGUAUGAGGAUAUAUUGUCUGCUUCCCUUGGAUGCCUUACUGUACUAGUAAAGUUGCCUUUGCCAUCCCUUCAAUUACACGCUGAGAGAAUAAAGUCUGCUGUAUUUGAUAUUGCCCAGAGUUCAGUGAAUGCUAGUAGUCCUUUAAUGCAGUCAUGUUUGACAUUGCUGACAAUGCUUUUGAGGAACACCGAAAUUUCUCUCACUCCAGACCAAAUACAUUUACUAAUUCAGCUUCCAAUAUUUCUGGACCUUGAAAGGAAUCCAUCUUUGGUGGCACUAUCACUUCUAAAGGGUAUUGUCAACCGCAAGCUUGUUGUACCUGAAAUUUAUGAUAUUGUUACUAGGGUUGCUGAAUUGAUGGUGACAAGUCAAAUGGAUUCAAUUCGCAAGAAAUGCAGUAAAAUUUUGUUGCAAUUUUUGCUUGAUUAUCAACUUUCAGCAAAGCGCUUGCAACAACAUCUGGACUUCCUGCUCUCGAAUUUGAGGUAUGAACAUGCGACUGGGCGGGAAUCUGUUCUUGAAAUGAUUUAUGCUAUUAUCGUCAAAUUUCCUGAAAAGACAUUGAAUGAGCAAUCACAGACAUUUUUUGUCCAUCUGGUUGCUUGCUUGGCAAAUGAUAAUGAUGAUAAUAAUCGUUCCAUGAGUGGGAUUGCUAUAACGAAACUCAUUGGUUCUGUUAGUCCCAGUGCACUUAAUUCUAUUCUUAAAUAUACUCUUUCUUGGUAUUUGGGUGACAAGCAGCAACUAUGGGGUGCUGCCGCACAGGUUUUGGGGUUGCUGAUUGAGGUAAUAAAGAAAGGGUUUCUUAACCAUGUAGACUCUGUCUUGCCGGUGACUCGUCGCAUUUUGCAGUCUACUAUACUUGCAGUCAUAAACAGGCAAGAGAGCUUUGAGUCUGAGUCCAUCCUUCCCCUUUGGAAGGAAGCAUACUAUUCUCUUGUUAUGCUAGAGAAGAUGAUUAAUCAGUUCCAUGACUUAUGCUUUGCAAAGGAUCUGGAGGAUAUAUGGGAAGCAAUAUGUGAGAUGUUAUUGCACCCACACUCAUCGCUACGCAACAAAUCGGGUCAGCUCAUAGCUCUAUACUUUGCACGUGUAAAAGAGGCUAUCAAAGAAAAUCAUCAAAGCUCCUUAAAUAGUUAUUUUUUAAUGAGUCCUAGUCGACUAUAUCUAAUAGCUACUUCUCUUUGCUGCCAACUGAAUAUGACACUCAAAGCUGAUGCUGGAAGCAACCUGAUAACUCAGAAUAUUGUCUUUGCUAUUUGUGGUGUCCAUUCUAUAAUGGGGCAAACUGCUUGCAUAGAUCCCCCUGCAUUUUGGUCUACUCUUGAGCAACAUGAGAAGGAUAAGUUUCUCAAAGCUUUUGAUUUAAUUAAUGCAAGAAAAGGAAGAACCAUGUUCAUGUCCUCUUCUGUAUAUGAGGACAGCAGUGAACUUAAUGUUAAGAACACCCAAUAUAUACUUGUCUCCUUAUUGCUCAAGAAAAUGGGCAAAAUUGUCCUUCAAAGUGAUGGUGUUCAGAUGGGAAUAGUCUUCAACAGUUUUGGGAUAAUUAUGGCACAGAUACAGAUGAGUAAGGAUGACUGCCUACUGCAUUAUGCACGUGUGGUCCUAUUACCUCUGUAUAAAGUUUGUGAAGGAUUUGCUGGAAAAGAGAUAGCUGAUAAUCUGAAAAAGUCAGCAGAUGAGACGUGUAGAAAAAUAGAGAAUAUUCUGGGCACUCAAAACUUUGUGGAAGUUUAUAAUCUUAUCCGGAAGAACAUGAGCUUGAAAAGAAAUAAGAGAAAACAUGAUGAAAAGCUCAUGGCUGUUAUCAAUCCGAUGCGAAAUGCCAAAAGGAAAAUGAGAAUUUCUGCCAAGAAUAGUGCCAACAAAAAGAGAAAAAUUACAACUUUAAAAAUGGGGAGAUGGACGCGAUGAUUGAAAGGUCCAUAUGUAUGUAUAUGUAUGCAUCUAACUAGCCUGGAGCUUUUAGUGCCUGUGUCAAGGUUUUGGAACAUGAACUUGCAUACACGCCUGAUGCUGUUCAUUAUAAUGAAGGAUGUCAAACUUUAGAGUAUGCAGUGCUUUCCACUUGUUUGAAGAAAAACUAGUGGAUUUUGAGUUUUUGAGAGAUCGCCAUCAAAUUGGUGUAAUAUUAGUAUGUCUUAGGAGUUAUAGGACAGACAUGACUAGUACGUUUUAUUUUAUUUAUUUAUUGAUUAAUUUUUACUUACUAGAUGCUUAUUUACAUUUUUUAAAAAUAAUUAGUAUAUGUAUACAUUGACUUGAAUACGGAAAAAGGAAAUACUAUAAAAUUUAGGAGCGCUAAA